AUGGGCACCUGGUGGGACAAACUGUGCGCAAGCGACAUGUUUAAAUACAUGCCAGAAGAUGAGACUGCGGACUUAAGACAAAGGGGAGCUGAAUAUAAGUCCUGUCUCACGAGCGAUGCAGUGAGCUACAUCGCACCGACACCAAUGAGCCUGCAUCGUUUACGUCCACUCAGUAUAUACCAGGACGAAUCAUCGAAGUGGUCCGCAGCUGAUGUGAAAGCUUACAGGAUAGCAAAUGAAAUAACAGUUACCGGACGUGCCGUACCCAAGCCAAUCUCACGACUUGCCGAGGUUGACAUUCCGGAUCACGUGACUGAAGGAGCUGAGGCACUAGACUACUGUCCACUCACAGCCGUGCAGUCUCAGUGCUGGCCCAUCGCUCUCGCAGGAAGAGACCUUCUCGCCGUCAUAUACGGUCAAUCGGGAGAAAACUCCCGUUCUUACCUGAUUCCAGCCAUCGUCCACGUCAUCUCACAACCAACUCCUCAGCCUGUCAAUGGUCCCUGCGUGCUCGUUUUAGUCCCGACUCGUCAAUCAUCUGUGCAAGUCCACCGACAGGUGACGGAUUUUGAGAAAUACGCCACUGUCCACAGCCUGUGCCUCUGCUCUGGAGACUGGAAGGAACGACAGUUGAAGAGGCUCAGCAAGGCGAGUUUCCAGAUAUGGAUCGCUACUCCCAGCCGGCUUCUAUCUUUCAUCGAAAACGGCAAGGUAAGCCUCACUAGCACCUGUACGUUCCUGGUGCUGGACGAAGUAGAUACAAUGCUAGCCGUGGGUUUCGAGAAGAAGCUUCGCACCAUCGCUUCACUUGUGGGACCGACGCGCCAGACGCUGAUGUUCACUGCGUCUAGACCAACAGCGCUUAUUCAUAUCGCGGAAGACUUGCUAGAAGACUACGUUCAAGUCGGUUUUGGGCAGAGCAAGAUAGUUGAGAAUGUCGAGCAUUUCGUGGUCUUCUGCGAGAAGACUGAAAAAAUGAAGCGGCUCGUUGCCCUCCUUGACGACGUUGUGAAUGAGAAAGACGACAAGGUGAUCGUUUUUGCUGGAAAUAAACGGUCAGUGGAAGAAAUUGUGUCAGAACUGCGUCUCCGGGGCCGGUUAGCCAUGAGCAUUCAUGGCACGAAGUCGCGAUUAGAACGAGAGUGGGCCUUGGAUGGACUUAGGUCGGGAGUGGCGAGUGUUCUCGUUAUGACGGAUGUUAUGACGCAGCGUGUGGUUGACGUCGGUGCCGUGCACUGCAUCGUCAACUACGAAAACCCGGCCAGCGGAGAUGUCUACGCGUCCAGAGUGAGCUACGCGUCUCGCUGCCAAAGUUCGGGGAGCGUGUACACGUUUCUGGCACCAGAUGACACUCGCAACGCCAGGGAGCUCAUCUCUUACCUGGUGGAUGCCGGGAAAGAAGUUCACCCUCGUCUUCGUGCUAUUGCCAAAGGCACACCGUUUUAUUGA